GGUUGUAUAUUGACAUUCCGUGGUUCGGUAUACUACAAGUUGAAUCAACUAACUGUGGAGUACUAUCCGGAGUACUUACCAAGAUGUGCAAUAAAAUUUUGUUUAUUAUUGUUUUUGGGCUUGCUUUGUCCGAUGUGAUCUUGCCAACUGAAGCAGAUGGCAAUAACAUGAGCGAUCCUGCUGGACUAAAGAAAAGCUGCUCUACUGAACGUGCAGCCAAACCAGAAAAAGUUGGCACAUGGCGUUGGAACAUGAGUGGCACGUGGAAAACUAUCCUCAUCAUUGGUGGAGGUGUAUUAAUUCUUUUUAUUUUUACUGCAGGCUACCAAACUUGCGUUUUACUUCAUGUCAUUUUUUGCGACAAAGAGGUGAAGACUGUAAAGGAGAAGAAGUACAGAAGAUUAGAGGAAGAAGUUUAAAGGCUUUUGUAUAUCUAAACCAAAAAAUAUAUUGUUGUGAUAUUAGUUUGUAGUUGUUUUAUGUAUUAAAAAUACAAUAUGGCGAACUACCAUGGCUGUUUGUAAAGGCAAUAUUCUAAUACAAUAUGAAUAUCCGAAAAAGUAUAUUGUUACUUUUAAUAACAAUUUUUACCUUCUUCUUGUCUCAGUUUUGCACAAGAAUUCAUGAAAAUAAUAGGACCACUUCACCAAAUCUUGAAUACAAUACGACAUAAAACGUAAAUGAGCUGUCUAAAAAAGCUGUACUAUCAAUAAUUUUCAAACGAAGUAUAAAAUAGUUUUCGUUAUCUUUGGUACCGCUAACCUUUUGCUUUUUGGGAUAUUUAAAUUACCAGAAUAAAUCGCCUUAUAGACUGUCAAAGAAUAUGAGAUGUUACACUUUGUACGUCACUUUCUAAUUCACUUGUUAUUUGAUACAACUUAGAGAUACAGAUUUUAAAAAUAAGCAACUGCAGAAUAUAUUUAAAACUUGAAAUUAUGUUGCCGUGAAACGGCAUCUCGUAACGCAACAGUUUGUAACGGCGACACUUCGUAACUAUAACUAUUCGUAACGGCAUAAUUCGUAACGUGAAAAUUGAAUUUUUCUUAAUGUGAAAACUAAUUUUAAUUACAGUUGUAAUUGAAAUUACGUUUAUCAAUUUAACGAACCAGCAUCAGAAUAAACAUUUUUAACAAAUUUCAUAUUUCGUGAAGAAAUAAUAUUUUGAAAAAUUGUGUCUUAAAUUAAAUAUUAUCUACCUGAAAAGUAAUUUUACUACUUUGAAGUCAUAAUUCAUGAUAAAAAAUAAAAAAAAUUCUUUAAAUGUCACAUUUGUGUUACCGUUACGGAUUAACUGUUACCAUCUCUGGGAUUACGAACUGUUGCGUUACGAGAUGUCAUGGAACAGUAUAAAAUAUAAAACGUAAUAGGGCAUAUACUAAAACCACAAUAAAGAUGCACUAUACUAAAUUUACAAUCAAGAUGCAGUAGAAAUAAACAAACCAAGACACGUUAAAUGCUACUAGGAGCACUCCCAAAUCAUAAUUUACAAUGUAUAUACAUUGUAAAUUCCAAAUAAUGAUUUCCAAAGUUUAUACAUUGUAAAUUAUGAUUUGGUAGUGCUCCUAGUAGCAUUUAACGUGUCUUGGUUUGUUUAUUUCUAGUGCAUCUUUAUUGUGGUUUAUUGUGCACACACAAUAACUUGAGAUAAAAUUUUGCUACAUAAUUUUUCGUUUAUUUUUAUUGCCUGUUAUAAUAAUAUGUGAUCUUGUGCUGUAGUUGCUUACUUUUAUUGACAGAACUGAAUGUGAGUGGAUUUACGUUUUAUGAUGAUGUAACCAUUGCAAUUUAUAAACUGUAGAUCCAUAUCUUUUGUUACUUAUUGUAAAGACAUAAGAUUUAUGUUAUAUUAGAGAUACCUAAGGUGUCACUGCCAUAAUUUAUAAAAACAGAUGUAUACAGGACAAAUACCUAUGAACUUAAAGCUGCCAUGAUGUAUUAGCUUUUUGAUACUAUUCGUCACCUUUUUAUAUAUUUUGUCGUAUUUCUCUAUAUAAUUUCUAUUUUAUUUUCUUCCAUGUUUUCAUGUAAUAGUUAACUGAUCAAUAUCUACAUAUAUAAAGUCCUUUACAUUUAUCUAAUCUUUCAUUUAAUGCGGAUGUUUGUUAUUGAUAUCUAUUUUUUCACGGAAAUAAAAGGCUAUCGAACACUGAGUUUUAUUAAAUCUUGCCCAAGUAUAAUUUCGCUCGUAGAGCAUCUUCAGGGGCAUUUCGGAUGGUAGUUCGGGGAAAAGAGGAAGGUAUCCUCGAAUGUCAUUAACAUUUGUCUGAAUGGUGGCAACUUAAAUUAACAUAUAACAAAUAAUUAACAUGCACUAGGACUAGACGAAGGACAAACAGAAAAUGGGAUUGCCGGUACUUGGGUACUACCACAUUUUGAAGAUGGAGGUCCAUGGUAACUCUAUUUUGAAUUAAAUUGCCACCAUUCAGACAACUGUUAAUGACAUUCAAGGAUACCUUCCCUUUUUGACGAAAUGCCCCUGAAGAUGGUCUAGCAGCGAAAGUAUAAUUGGGCAAGAUUUAAUAAAACUCAGUGCUCCAUAUCUGCCUUUUAUUGUCGUAAAAUUCGUAUAUUCGAGCAUUCAACCACUUCCUAUAUCUAUUUUUGUUUAUCUAACAUCUCAUCAAUAGCAAAAUUAAAGUUGAAAAUAAUCAAAACAAAUAUUAAUAAGGAAAGAAAAAGAAAACAUGGAACAUCGAUAAAUUAAAAAGAUAAGAAACAAAACAAUAGUAUACAGAAGAAACUAAGAAGACCCAACGAUGAAGAUAUAGAAAAAUAAUUGAACAACAUAAUAGAACGUACAGAACAAAUCAUAGGACUCUAAGAAAACAAAAAAUCGUAGCAUCAGCAUCUAAGUGAAAGAACGAAUAACUAGAACAAUACCAAAUGGAAAAGAAAAAAAGUCACGAAACUUUCUAGAAUGCAACAAUUAAUAUAAAUCAAAACGACAACAAGAUACUGUUUGACUAUGCAUAUAAAAAAAAUAAUAUAGUACCAAAAAACCAUAACAAUAAAGGAAAACGAUUGUGAAGAACAUUUUACGGAUCUAUACAAAAUCAGCCAAGUGACAUAAAUGCAGAAGAUGAAUAAGAGAUAAUAGAGAUAAUAAAAAGCUAGAAGAAAAAAUACUUCUAACCUUGAUACGAGAAGCUAAGAACAGAUGACUAAUACUCAAUUAGAAUGAAAAACAUAAGUACAACACAACAGUACUGCAUAGUGCGAUCACCAUCAAAAUCUGCAGCCCUCAUCUGCUGUCCGUAGGUAAAGAGUACCAUAUCGACACAUACAAUAUAGUAAAUUCGCAAAAUAGGAAAAUUUGUCCUGUACACACUGUUUCAUUGUUAAAAACUGCUCAAAUAGUGCCUUACUGACUUUGAAAUAAGAUGAUAGUUAGUUUUAUGUCCAUUUUUUUCAUUAGAUACUUCUUUAUGAAUUUGGAAUAGAUAUUUAAAAACAUGGUCUUAAAUCAAUCUAGAAAGAGACAACAUCUGGUUUAAACAUCCUUUUUUAUUUUCAUUGUGCCUGUUCUAAAGGUCAGCUUAGUUAACAACUUUUUAAUUUCUGCUUUUUCUGGACACAAUUAAUUUUCGUUUCAAUUUCUUCUUUUUCUGUCCGUUCUUUAUUUAAUCCAACCUUCUCUUGGCCUUCCACUGUUUUUCUCCCAUGAUUCUUGUCUUUGGAAUAUUUUUAUAUUAAAAUUAUUCAAUGGCCAUACUUCCGUUUUUGUUAUUGAAAUGAUUUAUUACAUUCUAUUCAGUUUUCUAAAUUACUAUGAAAAUGUUAAAUACAGUUAAAUGUAGUAACACUAUACUAAAAUCACAAUAAAGAUGCACUAGAAAUAAACAAACCAAGACACGUUGAAUGUUACGGGGGGCACUCCCGAAUCAUGAUUUGCAAUGUAUAAACUUAGUAAAUCAUGAUUUGGGAUUUAAAAUGUAUAUACAUUGUAAACCAUGAUUUGGGAGUGCUCCUCGUAAUAUUCAACGUGUAUUGGUUUGUUUAUUUCUAGUGCAUCUUUAUUGUGAUUGUAGUAUAAGUAUAUCACCCCGCUGAAUCAACGCCAAAAGUUUUUAGUGUUUUUUAAUAUAAUUACUUUUUUUUGUUUGUGUGAUGAAUAAUUUUUAUUGUAAUCAUCGAUUAUUUGAAAUAAU